GACGAGUGUCCCGAGCCAGAGGCGCCGAGGAGAAUGAGCACCCAGCGCAAUUUGGCUACUUGGAAGCGGUUGGUGCAGACCAUCUUCCUCAUGCUGGCCACAGCUCGCCAGCAGAUGGUUCUGGACUAUGUGGUGAAGCGGGACGAGGACACCAACAGUCAGCCAAGCUCCUCGACAGCUCCUGUUCGCAGCAAAAAGGGCAAGGGCGAGCCCAUCAACCAGGGACUCGGCAAGCCCCUGCCGAGAUCCAAGGGCAAACUCAAAGGCAACGUGGUGGACAUGUCUGGAUUGCGGCUCUCGCUGGCAGCGCCCGGCGGAGAACCUGAAGUCGGCAAAGGCCGUCCCAGCUGGUGGGACAGCAUCUUCACCACCAAGAUCGCGAGUAAGGAUGACCUCCUCAGGCCUUCGACCCACACAGAGGUCCAAGACUCCAUCGAGAAGGUCAGUGAGUGUCAAUUCGGCGAAGACUGUCGAGACUUGGGAGAUCAACACGGACGAGGAGACGAUCGAUGCCGAGAUGGUCGAGCUCCCGAGGGCCAAGACCGAAAUGUGAGAAAGAAGGGAGCUGGAGUCUUCCUUCACGGCUCCUACUUGGAAGACACGUCAAGCCCUCAGCUCAGGAGUCUAAAACGCAGCAUUCUUCAAGGGGGAUGGUUGUUGAAGGCUGUCAUGAUCCUCUUGACCACGGCUACGCAAACACCUCCGUCCUCCAUGUCCUCAGUGGGACUUGAUGCCCCUCAUGAGCACUUCCUUUGGAGCUCUGAAGCUCAGGAGUGGAUGUCGACGGAUGAGUCAAAGGCGUCGCCGUCAUCACGAACACCGACGCCCGCCACGAGGACUAAGGACAAGGAUAUGAUCCACGAAGUGCAAGAUGGUAUGAUUCACUGCUACUUGUACUCAGUGAGUGAUGCGUUGCUGAGUUGGUCUACAGAUCACUUUGGUCGCACUGCGCCUUUGACCAAAGAUCACAAAAGGGUUGUGGCAGCUAGCUUCAACAAGGUGGAUGUUGCAGAGGUCUACUCCCCUCCUCGAGUGACAAAGAGAGCUCGCUUGCUCGGCCUUCGACCAGGAUGGGCAUUAGAUCUCUCCACUGGAUGGGACUUCUCAAAAAGAGCCCAUAGAAGGGCAGCAUUGAGCCUUCUCAGUAAGACACGUCCUGCAGUUCUGAUUUUGAGUCCUCCCUGCUGCGUAUUCUCACCUUUGCGCAACCUCACCAACCACAAGCGAGAUUUCACGGAGGUGCAAUCAGAGGAAGCACAGGGUCGUCAACAUCUCGACUUUGCCGUUGCUUUGGCAAACCUACAAAUUGAAAAUGGCAGAGGGUUUCUGUUUGAGCACCCUCUCGGCGCCAAAAGUUGGCGCACCGCCUCACUGCGGCGGCUGGCAACCAACCAGGCCGUCUUCACCGUGCAGUUGGACAUGUGUGCUUUUGGUCUCCAAGGGACCCAAGGACUGCACAAGAAGCCCACGCUGCUCCUCACGAAUGUUGAGGAACUGGCCUCGACUCUGGCAAGGAGAUGUAAUCAACAACAUGAACAUCAACCCAUUGAAGGUGGAACCUUGUCCAGAGCAUCUGCACAGUACACCGAUGCCUUUGUGGAUGCCAUCUUGAAGGGAAUCCGGAAGCAUCUCUUCUUUGAGGCAAU